GCUGCCACAUUUCGAGAGCCCCUCCACUCCCUGUUUCUCUCUUCACGGCAGCACCAGCAGUGUGUGCGGGGAGCGGGCAGUGCCCCGGGCCAGCUCCCCGAUCCUGCUAGACCAUCUGUCCUGGGCUCAGAGCUGCUCCACAGGCACCAUGCGGAGCACCCUGCUGUUUGCAGUCAUCCUGGCCCUCAGCUUGGCUUGGAGUUUUGGGGCUGUCUGUGAGGAGUCCCAGGAGCAGGUGGUGCCCGGUGGGGGCCACAGCAAGAAGGACGCGAGCCUGCACCAGCUGCCCCCGUCCUUGCUCCGGAGACUCCCUGACAGCCGCUUAGUCUCCCUGAACGGAUUGCUCAGAGUGCUGAGCCGGGCUGGCACGGGUCCUAAGGAAUCACCACUUCCCCAGAAACGUGACAUGCACGACUUCUUUGUGGGACUGAUGGGCAAGAGGAACGUCCAGCCAGACACUCCUAUUGAUGUGAACCAAGAGAAUGUCCCCAGCUUUGGCACCUUCAAGUAUCCCCCCAGUGUGGAAUGAGAUGCCCCUCCCGCUGUCCCUGCUUCCCCAGUGGGUGGUUGGUGGGAAUUUUACAGGACAGAGAUGUGAUUUCAUUUUCUGGGUCCUCAGCACUCCACUUCUGGACCCCUGGGCUGCAUCGUGAAGACACCUGUCGCCCUGUCCUCAUCCCCAGGUGCAUGUGCUCCCUUCUCUUCCCCAUCCUUGCAACACUCUAGUGCUUCGACUCCUUCCCCGUCCCCCUACCCCAUCGGCUGUAGAAACUGUCUAGUGAGCAUCCCCAGUUCCUGCAGGCGGUGGCUAUAGAUCCUCUGAAGUUUCUGUAGUGUCCUAAAAAUAUGACAUCUCUCUCUACUCCUCCACAAUAAAGGAUUUUUACGUACUAU